AUGGAUGAGCGCCUUGAUCUCGUCCCGGAGCUGGAAGCAAUCCUCCGUAUUAUGGCCGUGGUCUUGGUGGAAGCGGCAGUACUUCCUAGGAUUGCGGUUCAGAAGAUUCCAGAAAAGUUUGCAUCUCUGGACUACUAUUUAGGUUCAUUCAUAUUUCCUUUGAUGGAAGAAAUACGUGCUGAUCUGUACUCAGCUCUGGAGGAAAUUUGUCAUGCUCCUUCUAUAAAAAUAGAAUCAGUUGAAGAAAUUGUGCCAAACAAACAGUUAAGUUUCCAAAUUGUGGUUGAAAACCAAAUGAAGCCUUCAAAUACAUAUGGCAAUGCAGCUUAUGAGCCAAAACUGUCUGAUAUAUUUGUUUUAUCUGAAACAAGACCAAGGUAUAUAUCUGACUUAACUCGGAGAGGAACACCUUACAUUAUUGCUUCAGUAGUCAAAGGUGGAGAUGAUGAAAGCCUUCCACCUAAUCACUUCAUUAUUAGAACAUCACAAAAGGUGGAAGUUAAACAAUAUGGUGGAAAGCAGAAGCAUAGUGAUUCACUUUUUGCAGUAUUCUUACUAAAUAUGACGACAUAUAAUCGCAUCUGGAAGUCACUAGAUCAAGAAAUGGCGAAGCAAAGAAACACUAACAUUAUCAAGAAGAUCUUAUGCUACGACUCUACGGUAUAUUUCACAAUAAGCUUUAAUUUCUUCCCACAACAGAUGGCGGGAGAUUGUAAUUCAUCUUCAUCUGAAGAAUCAACCUAUUUUCAUGAUAUGAAGGCACGUGAUAGUUUACAACAGUUCAAGCUAAAUGAUUCACAACUGACUGCUGUGUUAGAUUGUAUUUCAGCAAGACAACAGAGGCCUAACUCUAUUAAACUCAUAUGGGGACCUCCUGGGACUGGGAAAACAAAAACAAUCAGUACUCUUUUAUGGACUCUCCUAGCUAAAAAAUGCAGGACGCUUACAUGUGCUCCUACAAAUACAGCAAUUUUGGAAGUUGCAUCACGCCUCCUCAGGUUAAUCAGAGAGUUUUCAGAUGGUGAUAAAAAUUCCUUGGGAGAUCUAGUUCUAUUUGGAAACAAGGAUCGGAUGAAGAUUGGUGACGAUCUCUCUAUGGUAUUUUUGGAUAAUCGUGUCGAGAGGCUUUCAAAGUGCUUAGCGCCACUAACAGGUUGGAGGCAGUGCAUAAAUUCAAUGACAAAUUUUUUGCAGAAUGCUGUUUCUCAGUACCAAAUAUAUAUUCGAAGUAAAGAAGAAGAAGAAGAAGAAGAAACUGAGAGAAUAAAGAUGACAUUUAGGGAGCAUGUCAUAUGCCGAUUUGAUAGUCUUUCAAAAAACCUUAGUAGAUGUAUCAGAACAUUGUCUGAGGAUCUGCCAAGUGCUUAUACCUCCAAGGACAUCUUUAAAUGCAUGAACCUUGUGCUAAAGGUUAUAGAAAACUUUGGACGUCUGUUACGCUCAAAAGAUGUCUCUGAUGAAAAGCUAGAAGAUCUAUUUGAACUGACAUACCAUGAAGAUUAUGAGAUCUCUUCGCCUGUGGAUUUGCUGAACAACAUACAGGCCAGUAAAACUAUAACAUUUGAGCUACAUCAGACAAGAUAUUUCUUAUUUAUAAUAUUAAAAUACUUUUCAGAACAUCUUCCUGUCCCCGUUUUUAUUGACAAACGUUCAAUCCAAGAGUUCUGUUUGCAAAGCACAACCCUUAUAUUCUGUACCUCUUCUAGUUCUUUUAAGCUACAUGACAUUGGGACAAAGAGACCACUAGAGAUGUUAGUUGUCGAUGAGGCUGCACAGUUGAAAGAAUGUGAAUCAUUAAUACCUCUACAGGUACUAGGCAUACAGCAUGCUGUUCUUAUUGGUGAUGAAUACCAGCUUCCUGCUAUGGUUAAAAGCAAGGUCUGUUUAGCCCUUUGUAUCAGUUGGUCUUUCAUUUUUUCACUUACCAAAUGCUCCACCUUAUCUUUAACAUUAUAUUCUAUGUAGGUUUCCGAGAAUGCUGAAUUUGGAAGAAGUCUUUUUGAGAGACUUUGUUCACUAGGGCAU